AUGGCCAGACUGCAAGGUGCCACCGUCUCGCGGCAGGUGGUCAAUCGCAAGCGAAAACGCCAGACCAAGGACAAAGACGACGCCUCGGAGACCACGACUGACUCACCCGCCGUCGCCGAUACCACAACUACAACAGUAUCGACAAAGACACACGAUGGUGGAACCAAGCCCAGAAGAACUAAAUCUGGAUCCAAGCCUGCCCACCUCCUCCGAAGCUCGUCUACGAAUCUGAUCGAGUCCGACAUCCCUUGGCCUGACCAUUUCAAGUACCUCUUGCAACUGCACAAGGCUCUGAACCUGGUAUACACUUUUUGUUGCACGCGGAAGCAUUUUGCCACAACAUGGGAUAAUAUUAAGUCUGCGGUGGAAGGUCACAUCAAAAGACCCCUACUCGAGGAAGAUGUAGCGCAGGUGAAGGCGUUGGUGCCUCGUGCCAUCCACUUUGCAUAUGUCGAUGAGGAGCAUUUGAUGGUCACUAUUAUGGGAGAAGAUGAUGGAAUCCGAGGUGGAAGAGCCGAUUAUUUUCGGUCGUUAGCAGAAGAUAAGAGCGCCCUCAAUGACAAGUCCGGAAUUGCCAAAGAAUUACUGCUUUUCGAGUUUAUCGAUGGUGAUCUGAAGAGACAAGUGGUUGAUCCGAAAACUGGCCAGCCUACUAAAGCUACUCAAAAGUUACGAAACGAAGACCUAAAAAUGCCAGUUUUCAGUCAAAAAUCCAUGUUGACACUCAUUGAAAAACGCAACACCAAAUUUACUUCUGCCAUAAAUGCUUUUCUCAACGAAUGCGCGGAAGAGCAAAAGGACCCCGUCGAAAAGAUUUUGGACCUGGGGCGCCAACACAUCCCGUAUCCUUCCUUGAGCCCUCCAACUACACCUGGACCUGAGAGUAUGGGUCUGCCGAAAUCCAUACCAAAAGAGCGCGAAUCGAUAUCCGACAUCAUCAAAGAGAUGACUGAGCUGGAAUGGUACGCAAAUCAGAUCGUUCCUGAUGGUCACCGCGUAUUCGAUCCCCAACCGGCCAUAUAUGGCGAGCUUAAUUUCCAGUUGUCGCAGAAUUUGGUCAAUGCCCUCUACAAUAGCAGGGGCAUCACACAGCUUUACUCCCAUCAAGCAGAAGCCAUCAACAACUUGCAUGACGGGCACAACGUGAUUGUAUCAACAUCCACUAGCUCUGGAAAGUCGUUAAUCUACCAGAUACCGAUGCUGCACGAACUCGAAAACGACCCUCAAAGUCGAGGCAUGUACAUCUUUCCGACAAAAGCCCUUGCUCAGGACCAGCGACGAAGCAUGAAGGAGUUGUUGCAGUAUAUCCCGGGGUUCGAAACUGUCAUGGUGGAAACUUUCGACGGCGAUACGCCCAUGGCUGAACGAAAUCUGAUCCGGGAAGAAGGCAGGAUCAUUUUUACGAACCCAGAUAUGCUUCAUAUUACCAUCCUACCCCAAGAGAGCGGAUGGAGGACCUUCCUUCGAAAUCUUAAGUUUGUCGUCGUCGAUGAGUUGCACGUUUACAACGGUCUCUUCGGAUCACAUGUAGCAUUCAUCAUGCGACGACUACGACGGAUAUGUGCGGCCCUUGGAAAUCGUAAGGUCAAAUUCAUUUCGUGUUCCGCAACGGUGGCAAACCCUGAAGAGCAUAUGAAGACAAUUUUUGGUGUUGAGGAUGUCAAGCUAACGGAUUUCGACGGCUCACCAUCUGGACGCAAGGAAUUCAUUUGCUGGAAUACGCCCUAUAAAGAUCCAGGAGAUCCUUCCUCAGGCCGAGGAGACGCGUUUGCCGAGACUGCAAGACUGAUAUGCCAACUCAUUUUGCGUGGUGUACGGACCAUAGCCUUCUGUCGGGUUCGCAAGCAAUGCGAAGUUUUGUUAGCCGCGGUGAAAACCGAGUUCACUAACCUUGAGAGACCAGAAUGUGCAGCUCUGGUCAUGGGCUACCGUGGGGGAUAUGCAGCCCAGGAUCGUCGGCGAAUUGAAGCGGAGAUGUUCGGUGGCAAGCUCAUGGGGAUUAUCGCAACCACUGCUCUAGAACUAGGUGUCGAUAUUGGUUCUCUUGACGCUGUCGUUACAAUGGGGUUCCCCUAUACAAUUUCCAACCUCCGGCAGCAAAGUGGUCGUGCUGGAAGACGAAAUCGAGACUCGCUUUCCGUUCUUGUUGGUGAUUGUUUUGCUGUGGAUCAAUACUAUAUGCAGAACCCAGACGAAAUCUUUACGAAGCCGAAUUGCGAACUGCAGGUCGAUCUACACAAUGAGCUUGUGGUUGAAGGGCAUGUACAAUGCGCUGCGUUUGAAAUGCCAAUCCAACCCGAUGAGGACACCAAGUUUCUAGGGAAGAUGUUGCCAGAAAUAUGUGCGGAACGCUUGUCCCAAGACUCGACGGGAUUUUAUCAUUGCAACGAGAGAUUCCGACCUCUUCCAUCCAGAUGCGUUGCCAUCCGGGAUACCGAAGAAGACCACUUUGCUGUGAUCGACAUUACCCAUGGCCGCAAUGUCGUGCUCGAAGAAGUCGAAGCGUCUCGAGCAUUCUUCACACUCUAUGACGGCGGAAUCUUCCUACAUCAAGGCAAGACGUACAUGGUGAAGGAAUUCUCACCGGAGCGCAAAUUGGCCCGCGUGCAAUUGGUGAAGGUGGACUGGACUACUCAGCAGAGAGACUUUACGGAUGUCGACCCGAUCGAGACGGAGCAGGUCCGUCGUGUGUCUCCUAAUUCACUGACCAAAGCAUAUUUUGGCCGGAUCAAGGUGCAUGCCGUAGUCUUUGGCUUUUUCAAGGUUGACCAGAAGCGCCGUAUCUUGGACGCUGUCGCGGUGGAUAAUCCGCCCAUCGACAUCUACUCUCGGGGGCUGUGGCUUGACAUCCCAAAGUAUGCACUUGAGAUCUUUCAACAAAAGCGGCUCAACCUUGCAGCGGGGAUCCACGCCGCCGAACACGCGCUCAUGAGUCUGAUGCCGCAGUUUGUUGUCAGCAUGCCUGGCGACGUGCGCACGGAAUGCAAGAAUGCGCUCAAAGAGUUUGCCAAAAAAGAGACUCAACGCAAACGGCCGGCCCGACUCACGUUCUACGAUGCCAAGGGAGGCGCCGCAGGCUCGGGGAUAGCAGCUAAAGCUUUCGAGUACAUUGAUCUGCUGCUCGAACGUGCGGUGCAGCGCGUUGCGACGUGUCACUGCCUCGAGGGCUGUACGGAGUGUAUCUGCGACGAGCGGUGCAAGGAGAAAAACUUGGUCAUGAGCAAGGCCGGGGCAGAGGUCAUCUUGAAGAGCCUCCUGGGCAUGGAGAUCGACAUCGAUGCCUUGCCCGAGGGCGAGGAAGAGAGAAUCCCCGCCGGCGUGGAGACGGUGGUCUUUGCCAGCGAGGUCUUGGGCAAGAACGGGCGAAGGGUUGCGGAGAGGAAUUUCAUCAAGCGGGAGAAGGACGACGACGAUUGUAUUAUUAUCAAAGAUGAACCUGAAUGA